CGUGCGCGUCGGUCCCAACCAGCGUCCUCGCGGGGCGCCGUUCCAGCGGCAGCAACGUCAGGCGUCGUCAGUGUAACGGCCGCAUCCGCCGCGCAGCGACAACACUUGUCAUACCGCCGCGACCGACACCGCGACACACUGCCCGCCCAAUGGCGACCACAGUCUCACACUUCGGGCGCCGCACGUAGAACGGCAUGCUGAGGGCGGCCGUCCUGCUUGCACUGCUCGGGGCAGCCUGGGGGGGCGGUAAACCGCCCGACCAUGCCGCCGAUGCUGGCCAACGACCGCCUGGGGUGCUCGGACAGCCACGUUAUGAUACGUCCAGUUUGUAUAGAAUAAUUCCGACGUCCCCCCCUCUCCAGUCCGCCAACACCCCGCCUCUAUUGACAGUUCCGUUGACGCAAGAGACAUUUCCAGAGCCUACUACGACCCUAGAUGUUUCCGCCGAUGAUCAUGGGUUCUCUAUAGGGGGUGAAGAUGGACCAACGAAGAGACAUGUAUCCAGGUAUCCCGUCAUCUCGGUGUCCUUUCACAGGGUGGAGACGCCAUUCAUUAUUGGGCUAUGGAUAUUCUUUGCAAGUUUGGCCAAGAUUGGUACUUUGAGGCUGAAUACGUGGUUGGAAACGCUAUAA